AUGGCACCAGGAAACAAAACAGGAGUUUCAGAAUUUCUUCUUUUGGGAUUUUCAGAGGAAGCAGACAUGCAUCCCCUCAUAUUUGGGCUUUUCCUCUCCAUGUACCUGAUCACGGUGUUUGGAAACCUGCUCAUCAUUCUGACUGUCAGCUCUGACUCCUGCCUCCACACACCCAUGUACUUCUUCCUCUCCAACCUGUCCUUUGUAGACAUCUGUUUCAUCUCCACCACCAUCCCAAAGAUGCUGUGGAACAUCCACAGCAAGAGGAAAGUUAUAGCCUAUGCAGGCUGUAUCACCCAGAUGUAUUUUUUCCUACUAUUUGCAGGGUUGGAUGCCCUCCUUCUGACUGUGAUGUCCUAUGACCGCUUUGUGGCCAUUUGCCACCCCCUGCACUACAUGGUCAUCAUGAACCCUCAAAUCUGUCAAAUUCUGGUUAUGGUUAGCUGGAUUACCAGUGUCCUAGAUUCCCUGUUACAAACAUUAAUGACAUUGAGGCUGUCCUUCUGUAGAAAUGUGAAAAUUCCUCACUAUUUCUGUGAACUCAAACAAUUGAUCCAACUUGCCUGUUCGGACAAAUGUCUUAAUAACAUGGUGAUGAAUUUUGCAGCUGGGUUGCUGGGUGGUAUUCCCCUUGCUGGUAUCCUUUACUCUUACUAUAAGAUAGUUGCCUCCAUAUGUGGAAUCUCAUCAGCUCAGGGGAAGUAUAAAGCCUUUUCCACCUGUGCAUCUCACCUCUCAGGUGUCUCCCUAUUUUAUUCUACAAGCCUAGGAAUAUACCUUAGCUCUUCAGCUACCCACAGCUCAUACUUAAUUGAGAUCAACUCGGUGAUGUACACAGUGGUCACACCCAUGCUGAACCCCUUCAUUUACAGUCUGAGAAACAAACAUAUUAAGCGAGCUCUGAAAGCUUUCUUUCAUAUGACAGCCAUCAGAAGCCCAGUUGACCUGGGCUGA